AUGAACGGCGCAAAAGAAGCAGUGGACGAGGCUGCCAAUAACAGUCACACAGCAUCCACGCCCGUGCGAGGCUAUACUGUCAAUAUCAGCCACGACAGCUUGAACCCUAUCGUCGCCUGUGAUGACAAGGUCGCGGACUUAGAUGCUCGAAAAUGUCUCUCUCAAGGAGGAACAAGCGCCUUCAUCACCAGCCAACACGAUGAUGAAAAGCCUAAAUUCCCAGCCCCAGGACCUCAAGAGAUCACCGGGGCCUUAUCGUCUGCCCCUGCCCUCCCUCUUAUUCACGAGGUCCUCUUCGUGGCCAUCGUGUGCCUUGCCCAAUUAUGCACUCAAGUCAGCUUUGGCCAGGUCCUGUUCAUCCUGCCCGUCAUUGGUGAGAGCUUUUCUCUCAGCGAUGAGAGCGAGUUGAGCUGGCUCGUCGCCGGAUACUCCCUGACCGUUGGGACUUUUAUCUUGAUUUCCGGCCGCUUUGGUGAUGUCUUUGGCUAUAAGCGUAUGCUUAUCAUAGGUUACGGCUGGUUCGCGCUGUGGACUAUGAUCUGUGGCUUGAGCGUGUACUCCAACCACAUCCUGUUCAUCUUCGCGAGAGUUCUCCAGGGCGUUGGACCUGCAAUAAUUCUCCCCAACGGUUUGGCACUGUUUGGCGCCUUCUACCCUCCUGGGCCGAGGAAAAAUAUGGCAUUCGCUCUCUUCGGUGCUUGUGCUCCAGGCGGCGGCAUUCUCGGCGGCGCAUCAGCCGCUGUCUUCGCAUUGGCAUGGUGGCCAUGGACGUUCUGGUCGCUGGCUCUCAUCAUCGCCAUCAUCACCGUCUCAGCGAUCUUCAUCGUCCCCGACCCUCAAGCAUCUUCGAAACAAGCACCCAAACAACCCAAGCCUUCGCCCACAAACCUACAGUCAUCACUAUGGGAGAUGGUCCAACUCCUGGAUCUGGCCGCCGCCGCCGUGGGCAUCACGGCCCUGGUUCUCUUCAACUUGUCAUGGAACCAGGCGCCCAUCGUCGGCUGGCAGCAACCAUACGUCUACGUGACGUUGAUCAUCAGCGCCCUGCUGGUCCCACUGUUCUUCUACAUCGAAUUCCGCGUGUCGAAAAAUCCGCUACUUCCCCUCGAUGCGUUCACCUCAGACACCGGGUUCGUUCUCGGCUGCAUCGCCUGCGGAUGGUCUUCUUUCGGAAUCUUCAUCCUAUACUUCGUGAAAUUCUGCACAACGCUGCGCCACGCAACACCAUUACAAACAGUCGCAUGGGGAUCGCCCGUCGCGGUAUCCGGAGGUCUCGCCUCGGUAGCCACGGGCCUCCUCCUGAACAAACUCGGGCCGGCACCGGUCCUUGCAAUAUCGAUGUUCUUCUUCACGAUCGGCAACCUGAUCAUCGCGACGACCCCCGUCCACCAGACUUACUGGGCUCAAACGUUCGUCUGUGCGGUUGUGAUCCCCUGGGGCAUGGACAUGUCCUUCCCCGCGGCCACCAUAGUCCUUUCGAACGCCGUGGGCGCCGAGACGCAGGGCAUCGCUGCGAGCUUGGUCAACACCAUUGUCAACUACAGCAUCUCGCUAGGUCUGGGGUUCGCAGGCACCGUCGAGGUCCAUGUCAACCGUGGCGGCAGGACGCCCAGUGACCUGCUUUACGGCUAUCGCAGUGCUUGGUAUCUCGGCAUCGGGUGUUCCGGCUUGGGGUUGCUGGUGAGUUUGGUGUUCUUGAUGAAGAAAAAUUUCAAGGGAGGAACGGGCCAAAAAGGGGUGGGUCUGUGA